AUGGCAACCAGUUCUCUACAGAGGUCUGUAUUUUACAUGUGGAGAAUCACCGGUGAUCGCCAAUGGCAAGAUCGAGGAUGGAGGAUGUUUACCAGCUGGAUGGAAGCAUGCGCAACAACAUUUGGCUUUGCAGAUUUGGAGCAAGUAAACCAUUGGCCACCACAGUUAUCAGAUAAGCAAGAAAGCUUUGUUCUGGCAGAGACCACUGAAGCGCAUCCAUUCCGGAUCGAAACACCUGAAAAACCAUUCAAAAGCUUCUGGACUGGGCCAGACCCAGACCUUGAUGGAUUGUACGAUCCACCGGGAAUGAAUAGAGGUGAAAGAGGGUUUGGAACGUUCUUGCAGCAAUGGUCAAGAGUUGAUCUUGGCAAAAUCAGUGAGACUGAUUUGCAAGCCUUCAAAAAAGUCAUGGGGGUCCAUGGCUAG